AUGACUGCCGAAAGCACGCCGAAACCCCAUGUUCUCAUCGCAGGUGCCGGCCUGGGUGGACUAGCUCUGGCGCAGAUUUUGCGCAAGCAGGGUAUUUCCUACAAGGUUUUCGAACGGUCCGUCGCUAGUCGAGCGCAGGGCUAUGCCAUUGGAAUUCACUCCAUUAUUACAGAUCUGGUUGCCGCAUUUCCGGACGACAUGCCUUCGCCCGCAGUAACAGACCAUUUGCUUCCGCUGGAUCUCCCUGCGGAGAUCGCGUUCUAUGACGGCCACUCCCUCGACUCUCGCUUUGGCGUGCAGGCUGCGAGCCGCCAAGACAUCAUCAGAGCAAACCGACAGCGUUUACGUGAUUGGCUGGCUACCAACAUUGAUAUUGAACACGGCAAGGUCGUCGAAACGGUUGACGAAAAUGACGACGCUGUGAUCGUACAUUUUGCAGACGGCACUUCUGCCAGUGGCGAUUUUCUGGUUGGUGCUGAUGGCUGCUUCAGCAAAGUUCGGCACAGCAUAUUCUCGAAACUUGGAAAGCCUGAUCCUCUGAACCCUCUUCCCUUUGUCUUACUACUAGGGGAAGUCACGCUCCAUGGCGCCGACUUUGAGCGACAGUUGGAGUUGGCGAAUAGUUGCUACGUUUCCGGAUAUCAAUCAAAAGGCUCACUAUUUGUCGGCCUCAACUCUGUCACUGCUGAUGGCACCUCGGGCCACUACUACUGGUGCAUUGUCUACAAGGAUGAAGCUGCCAGAAAGCGACCCCACUGGACCGCAUCAGCCGACAAAGAUGAGCUUUACAAGUUUGCGCGCAGCAAGAUUGAAACUAUGGACCCACGCUUCCUCGAAGUCGUGGAAAAGACGGACCCUUCCGGCAUGGUGGUUCCGUCGUUUACACUUCAAGAUCUCGAGAUCGAGGAGCUUCCAGUCAGCAGAGUGACCCUUCUCGGCGACGCAGCACACUCCAUGACACCUUUCCGGGGUGAAGGUGGUAUCCACGCCAUGCGCGAUUCUCUCAGCCUCGCCCGCACCAUUGCCAAGGUCGCGAAAGAAGGCACAGGCCUCGAAGGUUGGAAACGUGGCAUUGACGAAUACCAAAAAGAGAUGCUAGAGCGCGGCGGCAAAGCUCUUUCACGGUCUCAAAACACUAUAGUCUCAGUCCCGGGUAUCAGCGUUACGGGCGGGCUUUUGACCAUCGUGCAGCACAAUGAUAAAGAUGAAGCGCUGCACUUGUUUCAACGCAAAGCAACAAUACUUCGUCUCUCAAUACUUCGCUGGGGCUGA